AGCUUGAGUGGGGCAACGUAUGGAUUCUAUAUUUAACUAAUAUGUUGCCCAUGAAGUUAAAUCUUGCGAUCAAUUCUUCUAUUAUAAACUCCCAUCCCUUCCCCUCUUCCCUCCAACCACCGGAGAAGAGGAACCAAACUUGCUCACCUCCAACCAUGUCAUCCUGCCUAAAAAAGUGCCGGCGAAACUACCGGCGCCUAAACUUAGCUUUGGAGCCUGAUCUUCUACAAGAAGAGCAGAACAGCACCCAGACAAAGAAGGCCGCUGCUGCUUCCCGUACCUCAAACAGUUCUCAUCCGGUGCUCACUUUCUUCGGAUCUUCAAAUAAAGAGAAGGCGGCGGCCAAGCCGGAGAUGAUGAGGUAUCUGGAGUACAUGAAGGAGGCUGGAACCUGGGAGCCUUCUUCUGCCAGCCCCGCUAUAUAUUUCAAGUAGUCUGCUGAUUUCUCUUACGUUUUAAGUAAUUCAAGCAGUGUUUUCUUCUUCUUUUUCUUUCUCUUUUUUUUUUGUUUGAUUUGAAAUUAAAUGUAAUAUUGAUAGGUUUUGCGAUACAGAGCUAGUAAUCUUGUUUGCAUGAUGAGUUUUAGCUCAACAAAUUAGCGAGGAAGAGAAUCUCCUACUGAAAUUUUAGCUCAAAUUAUUUGCUUCGAGCAUGCGUUACUUUUACAUCUGCAACUCUUAUAUAAAAUGUAAUAAUUUCAUAAUCAGAAAUGUG